GAGUAACAAUGGAGUGGGAGGUGCAUCAGGCCAGAAUAAUUAUUGAGCUGUGAAACUCUAAGUGUGUAUAUAGCUUGCUAUCUUGACACAGACACAAUCAGAAGGCACUAUCACUAGCUCUCCAAAGGAAAACCUUAGCGAUCAACUCCAGGACUAAGAUGGCCCUGAAUAAUCUGUUCGUGCUGGUUUCCAUGGUAAUCGUGUGCCUGGCACCUGGCAUCCAUGGGACUGCACACCUGUCGUUUGCCGACAGUUCUGAGCAGCAGGUCAACAUCACGCGGGCCGGUUGUGGUGUGACUAGGGUCUGCGUGGAUCAAGUGAUGAACUGCACCUCAUCGAUGGAAGGCAGCUGUCUCUUUGCCUCCCUAGACGUGACGUCCACGACAGCUCCCAACGGUAGCGUCCUGGACAUCACGAUGCAGGGCACAGCAAUGGCAAACGAGUUCAUAGCGAUUGGACUCAGACCAACUACGGGAACCACCUUGGUCUUUUUCUGUGGCCGGGUGAAUGACACAGUAUUCCGGUUCUUCACCAGAAAUCUGAGCAGCAGCAUGCUCGUACCAUCAGAGACGAUAACAAAGCAAAUCCUGGGCAACAUUACGGGCAAUUUGCUCCAGUGUCAGUUCACCGUCCCGAGAGUCAACCCCACCCAGGCGAGAUCAGCUGACAACACCUUUUCUGUCGAUCUCACCAGAGGAGCGCUAGGACCCUCUGGGCCAACAGGACCCUUUAGUCCCUCGAGGUCGACAGGGCCUCUCAACCUGGCCAAUCCACCAAGCACCGUUUCGACUACAGCGGCUCCAACCACCACAGCGGCUCCAACCACCACAGCGGCUCCAACCACCACACAGCAGGUCAACAUCACGCGGGCCGGUUGUGGUGUGACUAGGGUCUGCGUGGAUCAAGUGAUGAACUGCACCUCAUCGAUGGAAGGCAGCUGUCUCUUUGCCUCCCUAGAGGUGACCUCCACGACACCUCCCAACGGUAGCGUCCUGAACAUCACGAUGCAGGGCACAGCAAUGGCAAACGAGUUCAUAGCUAUUGCACUCAGACCAAAUACGGGAACCCCCUUUGUCUUUUUCUGUGGCCGGGUGAAUGCAACAGUAUUCCGGUUCUUCACCAGAGAUCUGAACGGCAGCAUGCUCGUACCAUCAGAGACGCGAACAAAGCAAAUCCUGGGCAACAUUACGGGCAAUUUGCUCCAGUGUCAGUUCACCGUCCCGAACGUCAACGCCACCCAGGCGAGAUCAGCUGACAACACCUUUUCUGUCGAUCUCGCCAGAGGAGCGCUAGGACCCUCUGGGCCAACAGGACCCUUUAGUCCCUCGAGGUCGACAGGGCCUCUCAACCUGGCCAAUCCACCAAGCACCGUUUCGACUACAGCGGCUCCAACCACCAGCUCUGGUCCCCUCUCCUUCAUACCAUCAGCUUCUCUGCUCUUAUGGAGCGUCCUGGCCUUGCCGGCGCUGCUGAGAAUGUGACUUCUGAGCAAGUGACGACGAGGGGAACACCAUGAAGUCGUGUGUGGCUCUCAAUAGUCACACACAUCGUCUGCUUCCAUCGGACAGGAUUCAGAUCGCAGCAGUAAUGUUUUAAGCAAAUUAACAGCCGACAAGCAACGGUGGUUGGUUUUUGAUUUUUUUUGUGCUGUCGUUAAUUUUUCAGUUUUUUCCUCCUACGGGGGUAACUAUAUUUAACCCCAUGAGAACCGGGAGCCGGGUCUUGUGCUUCACGGGUCACCUCUGGCUCAUCCCUCACUCGCAUAACAAGCGCUCUCCAUUCCAUGACUGUGACAAUGAAAACAAUUGCAUAACAAUGAUGCCCUUUCAGCAGGACCUCAAUGCUGACUAAACUGUUGAAGUUACACUAUGAAAUAAACAUUUACCCGUCUCGCUGGA